GCGUGACCCAGGGGAAAGACCGUUUCGGAACUACCUGUUAUCGUCCACGUGGCAUGGGCCCACCUCUAUUCCAUCCUACAAAUCCUCCCGUAUUAUCACCUGUCACUUUAACCUUGCCGGCGUUAACUGUUGCUUUCCUUCACUUCUUUAACCUCUCUCUUUCUCUCUCUCUAGUGUGUAGAAAAAACAAAGAAUCUAUACUCUCUAUGGCUAGAUCACACGAUAAGCAUCUCGGAUCUAGAUCGGAAUCAAUGGCGACGCUGCAGAAAUUCAAGAUGUUAGCGACACAAUGCGCGGUUGCCGGAAGUCCUACGCGGAGUCCUUCCUCAAGCCCUGUCAUUCACCUACGCCGACGGAAGACGCUACGGAUGUUACUCAGUCGCGGCGGCGGCGAAACCACCCGGCGGUUGCCGCCACCUGAUGAGUUUGUAGAUCGGAGAGGAAGCGAUGUUGAUUCUUCGCCGGAGGAUGGGAAGGAUAACGGUUCAAGACGAAAGUUAAAGGACUUGUUUGUGUCGUCUUCGGUGUCUCCGCCGCUGGAUGACGGUGGACGUGAAGGUGGUGAAGAGACGAAUCGGUGGAGUGGUGAAGGCGAUCUGAUUGGCCGGCGCAGUGGGUCAAGAAGAUUUAGGCAUUUGCCGGGGACGUUACGGCAGCGGUUACUUAGACGAGCAUGGAGGCCUGUUCUGGUGACAAUUCCUGAAUAAAUUUUGAUAUUAUUUUUGGAAAAUGUAGAGAUAAUUUCCAGAAAUCAUUACAAUAACAAUAACAGAGUAGUAGUAUUGAAUACUGAUUUUUUGUUUCAAAAUAUCUUCUACGAUUUUUUUUUGAAUUAGAAUUCCGAUGAAGAACAAGUUGAUUAGAUUCUACUUGAAUUUAAUCAAAGUAAUUACAGAAACUAUCAACUUUUACCCAAUUUGAAAAACUGAUUUUGCACUUAUUUGUACAAAAUUUCUGGAUCUGAUUGAUAUAAGUGCCCCAAGAUUUUCCAACAAACUUUCUUCUUGUCGUUGAAAAAAAAGAUUAGAAUGAAAUAUU